CUCAGCCUCUUCUUUUGGGACAAGCUCAGGAACAUGGUUCAGCACUAGCAGCCCCCAGGGCUGCAGGACAGACUCCUGCCACCACCACCGAUGUUAAUAAAGAGCCGGGGGGAGCCACUCCCCGCCUCCACCCCGCGGACCUUGGAGCCGGGGCCUGGCUACACUUGUGGCUCCUCUCUAUUGAAAAUGUUUUCCCUGGGGUCCUGGCUCCCGGCGUUGCCCGGGCUGGCGUGGGGCUGGGCACUGCUGGAUGCGCUCCUGCAAGGGCUGGUGGGUGCCUGCGCCGUCUCGGUGCUCUGCAGCCUCCUGAAGGUUUAUCUCUACAUCCAGUGUGCAAACAACCCUGAGAGGCAGGCGGAGAAGGAGGCGAUCGCGGCGCGGCGGCCGCUGCUGGAGCUGCUGCAUGUGCUGGUGCUGACCGCAGUCCUGGCCCUGGUGGGCUCCCGCGUGGCCGCGCUGGUGGUGCUGGAGUUCUCCCUGCGCGCCGUCUCCACCAUCCUCUCCCUCGGCAAGGGCGCGCACAGCAGCCAGCUCUACCUGCUGUGCCAGUACUCGCUGGGCUGCGGGGUGUCCUGCGGCCUCACCUUCCUGCUGGAGGGGGCUCCGCACCGCAGCUGCAACCUGGCUCUGGCGGCGGGGCUGGCGGGGCUGCUGGCGCUGCACGCCCGGCGCCUGGCCCGGCACGUCCGCGCCCUGUACGAGCUGCACAGCCGGCAGCGCUACUGCGGCGUCUGCAUGCUGCUGCUGGCCGCGGGGCACGGCAUCCCGCGCCUGCUGCGCAACGCCCUGGCCCUCACCUUCGCCGUGGCCGACCUGGCCGCUGUGCAGCUCAUCAACCGCGACUUCCUCUCCACGGGCGAGGCCGUGCGCUUCUGGACCCCGCUGAGCAUCUGCUACACCCUGCUGGUCGUCUACAUGCAGGAGGGGUCCCGGCAGAGCACGGGCAGGGGGCCGGCGUUCCGGACCAUCGUGGUGCGGAUGGGCGGCCUCUUCAUCCUCCUCCUCACCGUGGGCCGAUGGACCGACAUCCUGCACGUCUUCAUGUCGCUGCUGGGAGAGCUCUGGUGCCUGCUCCGCUCCGGGGUGCUGCUGGAGUCCUGCUGCAGGCAGGAUUCUGCCCAGCAGCCUGGCGUGGACAGUCUGUCGAGAUCCGGAUCGGGGGAGACGUCCCGAUGAGCCUCAGGGUGGAACCGGACAGCAGAAACUCAGGGUGGCUUCGCUGGGCACACCAGAGUCCCCCAGCACACAUCCCCCAUGGGGACCAAGGGAAAAAGGGCUCCUGGAAGGCGGCCAACCCCAUCCUAUGGGAUGGAGGAGGUCGGGGGAGGGCUUGUGUUGCCUCUGGUUUUUGGGGGAACCUCGUGAGUUUGCAGCACUGCUGGGGUUUGUUCUCUGGUCCCAGUGGGACUGCAGGAUGCUGAUGGAUGUCCCAUCAUUGCUGGCAGCUGGGCCACACUGUCAGGGGCCUCCAGGGGGUUAUAAAUCUCAGAAAAUAAAGGCUUUUUAUCAGCAAAAUCUAUGGGCAGAGCAAGCUGGGGUCCCAUUGUGCUGAAAAGGCACUUGGGAUAUUGGUGGUGCAGCUUUUUGAGGGAAGUGGGUAGAAUUCCUCCUUGGGAAGGGAAACUGAGGCACAGAGUGGGGUGACCCUGUGGCUGGGAGGUGCCCCUGUGCCUCAGUUUCACCCUGCCUGCAGCCCGCUGUGCUGUGGCAGGGGACAACAGGCCCUGUGAAGGUGGGGUGCAGUGUGGGGAGGGGGGGUUCUGGCUGCCUGGGCAUGGAUCCCCAGUGCAGGGGUAGGGGGGAGCAGGAGGGGGUCUGGGGGUGUUUGGCUCACCAGGGGCUCUACAGGGAUUUACACGACAUGCUGGGGCUCUAGGGGGGCACAUGGGUGUCCUGGGGGGGUCAGAGAAGAAAUAUGGGGCAUUUUGGGGAUGGAGCUGUAUGGGGGUGACUGGGACUGUAUUGGAGGAUAGGGGUUAUCCUGGGCGUAUAUGGAGAUAUUACAGCUGUAUUGGGGUACACAGGCACCCCGGGGUGUAUGGGGGGCUCACGGGGCACCCCUUGGGGUUGGGUGCCCUGAGGGUGUGUGGGGAUCCAUGGGAAAACCUGUGAGGGGGCGAUCCCAGAGCAUAUAGGUCACCCACGGGGCCAUGGGUCACCCUGGGGUAGAUGGGGCACCCCUGGAGCACUUUGGGGAGCGUGGGGCAGUCGGGGGGUGAAUGGGGCACCCUAAGGACACGUGCCCCCCUCUUCCUCCGCCCGGGGCUGUGGGGCAGGCAGGGGGGAGGAGGAAGAGAGGUGGAAGAGGAGGAGGAGGAGGGAGGAAGGGGCGGUGAUGCCGGGCGGCUCUGCCUUCCCGCUGCCCCCGCCGCGCCCGCGGAGCGCACGGAGGGACCCGCACCGGCUCCCCAGGUAGGGGACAGGGACGGGGACAGGGUCACCCCCCGUGAGGCUGCAGGGCCACCUCCGGGCAGGCGACACCCCUCCUCCCCGGCAGAGAACCUCGCCCGCAAGGUACGAUCGCCCCAGGUAGGGAACACGGGCCACCCUCAGGUAGGGACCACCCCAGGUGUGGGAUUGGGCAUCCCCCCAGGAGGGGACAGGGGACACCCCAAUAUGGGACACGGGACCCCCUACGUGAUGGGAUAAGGACCGCAGUCAUCCCGGGAUGAGACAAGGGGACCAAGAGCCACCCCCCAGGAGGGGAUCGGGGACUCUCCCUGGGAGGGAAUGGGGGUUCCCAGGCAGGGGGAUACGGUGGGGCCACUGCUUCACAGGGGACGGGGCACUGCCAGCUAGGGGACAGGGAGCUGUGGGGCUGCACGGUGGGAUACAGGGGAUGCCGGGGGCUGCAAGGCCACCCCCCAGGUGAGGGACAAGAGGAGAGUGGGACCACUUGGGGUGGGGGAAGAUGGGACACCAAGCCUUGUGUACCCCAUCUCAUCCCUUUUUCCUUGGGCAUCCUCGGAGCACCCUCUGAGAGGUCCCUGGGGAAGGGGACAGAGUUGAGGCGCAGCUCUAGAGGGCUGUGUCCCAUCCCAGUUUUGGGGGUUGUGGGGAUACCCCAUAAGUGGCCCUAUCCCCUCAAUCCCACCUGAGCUUCCAUCCCAGGAGAUUUCAGGGAAACCAGGGGGGUUCCUUUCCAGUGUGGCUUCGGCCACCCCAAACCAGGAUGGAGCUGCAUGGGGAGGGGGGACCCCCAUUAAAGCACCCCUCGAGCCUCGGCCACCCGAUGGCCCCGGGCCGGGGGGAUCUCGGGGGUGCCGCCACAGGGCCGCCGGGAUCCCGGCAGCCCCGGCACAAAGAGGAAUGCGAUGAGCACAUGGUUCCCAUUAACCCCGGAGAAUUUUUUUUCUUUUUUAGGUUGCUUUUUUCUUUCUUUUUUUUUUUUUUAAUGAUC